GUACCAACCUACUCACAAGUGCUUGCUAGGCGACUGAAUUCAUGACCAAAAAUCCCACUUCCGAUAUUCGGUAGCAACGUAGAAUCUGUUUCGUCACUCCGCACGCUUCGGUGCUGCCAAAAUUAGUCGCUACUCCGACUAGCAUCCCCUCCUUUUCUAUUAGAACACGGGAGAUCUUCUAUGUACAAGCCUCAGUGGAGUUCAUUCGUUGUACCUCUUAAUCAAUUAGUCUUAUGGCUCUUUCUACGCUCGGGUUACUCACGAUCGGCGCCAUCCCAACAGUCAUUGGUGUCGCAGAAGCAAUUGACGCCCAGAAGAAGCAGAACCAACAAGCGAAGGAAAGAAUAAAAUUCAAGUUAACGGCAAACUUUUCACACGAUGACGUUGCGCUGCCGCAAGAUGCUUCCGUAGUCUUCAAGGACAAGAAGCUCUAUCUAAACCACCCGGCAUGUCCAGUGGAGGGCUAUCCGUUCAACGGCUUCUAUUUUGGUUACCCCGGACCUGAAAAUCACCAAGGCCUAGUAGCGCCCAUAGCAGACGACCCGCCGAUGCUUAACUGGAUAUAUGCUGACAAGGACACGGGGCUACUACGUCAUGGGUCAAGAUCAGAGACUGUUGGCCACAUCGUCGGGCCUUGGAGUUGGACAGAGGAUGAGGAGUGGUUAACACUCGAGAACGGGCAGAAUUUUGUGGCCGUUGAGAACGAUGAAGGUUCGUGGAAUAUUUACUACGACAAAGGAGGGAAUUUAGACGAGAUCUUGGACCGCGAUGUAGUGGAUAUAAAUUUGCAUCGCGAGCUACAGCUUGGAGUAUCUAGUCGAUAUACGAGGGAGGACUAGCAAGUUACUCAGCCGUUCGGCUCAGGGAGAAGACAAGAAAAAAUAAUCUAAAAAUAAAUUACAUGUUCGGUAUUUCGAAAUACUCGUCAUUAAAUAACUUACAUGCUAUACUUAAUACCUACCUAGAUACCUACCUAGGCAAUAAUAAUAAUAGAGCCAUUAUACCCUACACCUCCCCUAUGUAGGAUGGUAAGUGCUAAAGCUCCACCCGCCCCAUCUAAGUCCCGCAGGUAACUUAUAGGGCAAUUUCUACGAAGAAAAUACGUGGUGGCCUAUGUCAGUGGCUUGUGCGAGACCUAAUAUCUUCAUA